AUGAAUAAGGAAUUGGACUCCAAUUUUUCUGAACCUAGUCCUCAGACCUGGAGUGUCAGUGACACCAAAGAAGAGCCCUAUGUGGACGUUAAUAUAACCUAUGUAGAUUACUACCUCCACCAACCUCAGGUGGCAGCUGUCUUCAUCAUCUCCUACUUUUUAAUCUUUGUCCUAUGUAUAGUGGGGAAUACAGUGGUCUGUUGCAUUGUGGCAUGGAACAAACACAUGCACACAGUCACUAACUUCUUCAUUUUGAACCUGGCCAUCAGCGAUUUACUGAUAGGGAUAUUUUGUAUGCCCACAACUCUCUUGGAUAAUAUCAUAGUAGGAUGGCCCUUUGGAAGCACAGUUUGCAAGAUCAGUGGAAUGGUCCAGGGCAUAUCAGUGGCCUCUUCGGUCUUCACUUUGGUAGCCAUAGCAGGGGAUAGGUUUCGAUGCAUUGUAUAUCCAUUUAAGCAAAAGCUCACCAUGCAGUCAGCAUUAGGAAUUGUUGUGAUCAUUUGGAUCUUGGCCAUCACCAUCAUGUCUCCCUCUGCAGUCAUGUUACAUGUACAGGAGGAAAAAUAUUACCAAGUGAGGCUUAGCUCCCUAAAUGAAACCAGCCCUCUCUAUUGGUGCUGGGAGAACUGGCCAAGCCAGGAAAUGAGGAAAAUCUAUACCACUGUGUUAUUUGCCAACAUCUACCUGGUCCCUCUGUUUAUUAUUGUGCUCAUGUAUGGAAGUAUUGGAAUUUCACUCUCUAGGACUACAAAGCCUUUAAGAGUCAAGCAGAUCCAGGGGAAGAGACAUAUGGUAUCUAAGAAGAAGCAGAGGAUCAUCAAGAUGCUUCUGAUUGUAGCUUUGCUUUUUAUGUUAUCCUGGCUACCUCUCUGGACUUUGAUGAUGCUCUCUGACUACAGCAACCUCUCUGCUUACCAGAUGCAGGUCAUUAAUAUCUAUGUCUACCCUUUUGCACAUUGGCUGGCCUUCUGCAACAGCAGUGUAAACCCUAUCAUCUAUGGCUUCUUCAAUAAGAAAUUCCAGGGUGGUUUCCAGGAUGCUUUUCAGCUCCAGAUCUGCCAGAGGAGGGUGGAAGAAGUCUACCCGCAGAGGGCUAAGAGUAAGGUUAUCAUAGCCAUGUCUACCCAGCUGGCACAGGAGCCUUCAUUUCAGAACCCUCAAGAGGAACUUCAAAUACCCCAGCCAAGACCAAGCAGGAUCUGA